AAAUAAUUUAAUUUAAAAUAUAAUGGAUGACCAACCGAAUGAAGAGUGGACAUACAGUCGUUUUUAUCCGUUACACGCGGCCACACAAUUGGGAGAUAUGGCUACAGUUGAGGCUCUGAUAGUCAAACACAAACUGUCGCCAAAUGAGACCGAUUACGACUACUUGACUCCACUACAUAUCGCAUGUUUCUCGGGUCACAUUGCAAUCGUCCAAAUGCUCAUUCAAUUUGGCGCUCAAGUAAACGCCCGAAGCAUCGAUGGCGGGACACCUCUAUGUGGUGCCAGUGCUUCGGGAAACUAUGAGUGCGUCCAACUGUUGCUCAAGAAUGGCGCGCACGUGAAUCCCGUGCACUCACUGUCCACACCAUUACAUGAGGCGGCCUUUGCUGGUAAUGUUAAUUGCGCUGAUUUGUUGAUAUCGUGUGGAGCGCUGUUAAACACAUAUGACUGUAAUUACGGGACACCACUACAUGCGGCUGUGUUUCAAAACCAAUACAAAUGUAUUAAACGGUUACUACAGGCCGGCGCUCACAUAAAUGCCACCAAAUUUCAUGAAACACCACUUCAUUUGGCAGUCUCUAUGAACCAUACGGAAAGUGCACUCGAAUUGUUGAGAUUUGGUGCUAAAACAACACUAACUGAUAAUAAUAAUAAAAAACCCAUUGAACUGAUACCUAAUAAAAGUGGUAUUUUAUAUGAAACACUUUAUAUGACCGAAAAACAACCGCCACUUCUUCAAGACUUAUGUCGACAAGUUUUGGUACGAAAUCAAACACUCAAAAAACUAAUAUCAAAUUACUAUUUACCACAAUAUCUUAUCGAUUACAUUAAUUUUAAUUAUUAG